UACAUUUCGAAAGUCCAAACUCCGUAACGGUUAAGUCACCGACGAUGACGAGGAAAUCCGAUCCGAAACCUAAAGAUUGGACUUUUCUCGUCGUCGGAACCCUAGCUCCGACCUUCUAAUUGAAAUCUUAAAUCCGAAGCAAUCGAUUUGGUCAAAAUCUUAAUCCGCCAGUGUCUUAAUUCAUUACCUCCUUCUCUUUCCCGGAAAUUUCAGUGUCUGAUUCAGGGUUCUAUUUCUUUCCUUCUUGAAUCUUUUAUUGAGUCAAUCUUCUGAAUCAGACAUUGUUGCAUAGGUUUUGCAGCAACUGUACAACGAUCUUGAUUGAUUUGCGUUCGUCUUCUUUAAUCUUGAGACUGUUCUAAGGUUUUCGCUAGUUGUUCUGUGUUUUACUGUGAUUAUCUCCCCGGAUCGGUUACGAUGCUAUCCAAUCGCUCCGUUGCUCCAGCGAUUGAUUUGAUACCAAACCUUAAACCUCCCUACAGAAGUUUAGAUUUUCACAGAAUCUUAGUUCUGACCAUCACUUUCUUUGCAUAUGCGUCCUUCCACGCCUCAAGAAAACCUCCUAGCAUUGUCAAGAGUGUGCUUGGACCAACAAUCCCAGUUAACUCAUCAACCAUUGUGCUGAAUUCGACUUCAAUUGAAUCGGAUUUGACUUCCAAUGGAACUGGGUGGGCUCCUUUUAAUGGCCCUGAUGGCACCCAGUUGCUUGGGGAGCUUGAUCUUGCAUUUCUUUCUGCAUAUUCCAUUGGAAUGUAUUUUGCAGGACACAUUGGUGAUCGUAUUGAUUUGAGGUUGUUUCUUGUUUUUGGGAUGAUGGGUAGCGGCAUUUGUACAAUACUAUUCGGGUUAGGAUAUUGGUUAAAUCUUCAUGUCUUGUGGUUUUUUUUUAGUGUUCAGGUUGUGUGUGGUUUAGUUCAGUCAAUUGGAUGGCCAUGUGUGGUGGCAAUUGUAGGAAAUUGGUUUGGUAGAGCUAGGAGGGGACUGAUAAUGGGGAUCUGGAAUUCACAUACUUCGGUUGGAAACAUUGUCGGGUCGGUUAUAGCUUCCGGGAUCUUGGAACUUGGAUGGGGUUGGUCGUUUGUGGUACCUGGAGCUUUAGUGAUUCUGGUCGGCAUUUUGGUGUUUCUGUUUCUUGUUGUAAGUCCAUUUGACAUUGGCUUUGGAAACUCUGGUAGUGAGAUUCAAUUGAACGCUGAGGUGAGUCCAGUAGAAAAAUUGGAGAUUACAGAUUCUGAGGAGGCAGUAUUGCUUGAUGAUGGACAUUCAGAUUCUACGGCUGCAAUUGGUUCUGAUUCUAUGGCUGCAAUUGGUUCUGAUUCUAUGGCUGCAAUUGGUUUCGUAGAGGCAUGCAAGUUACCCGGCGUUGCACCAUUUGCCGUUUGUCUUUUCUUUUCAAAGCUGGUCGCUUACACCUUUCUCUACUGGUUGCCAUUUUACAUCAGGCACACAGCUGUUGCUGGUGUGCAUUUAUCUCAUAAAACAGCCGGCAUCCUCUCAACGAUUUUCGACAUCGGAGGUGUCUGUGGUGGAAUAUUAGCAGGAUAUAUGUCCGAUUUGAUUGAUGCCCGUGCAGUUACUUCAAUAACGUUCCUAGUACUUUCAGUUCCUGCUCUAGUUCUAUACCGUGCCUUUGGGGGUAUUUCCACAAUCACCAACGCCUGUUUGAUGUUUCUUUCCGGAUUACUUGUCAAUGGCCCAUACUCGCUCAUUGCUACAGCGGUUGCUGCUGAUCUCGGUACUCAGAGUUCAAUUGGAGGGAAUUCACGUGCUUUAGCAACUGUAACCGCAAUCAUUGAUGGGACUGGCUCUGUUGGGGCAGCUCUUGGCCCUCUAAUGGCAGGAUAUCUUUCCAGAUUUGGAUGGAACCUUGUGUUUUUUGUGCUGAUUCUUUCCAUAUUCUUUGCUGCUCUCUGCUUGGUUCGCUUAGCAAGAACUGAAAUCAAAGAAAAGUUGGACGAAGGACGAUGGUUUUCUAAUACGCAGACCUCACCAACAGUAGUCUAAGAGAUCUUAAGAAAUUUUGAAAUAUGUUGAACAGUUAGAGUAGGAGAUUUCUGAUAGAAAAAAAAAUACAUUUGAGGAAAUUUUUGACAGUAUUUGUACAUCAUUGUAUCCGAUUCUUUUGUAUUCCUUAGAAAGAUUCAUGUACCAUACACAGUUAUUGAGUGUAGAAUACAAAAAAUAAUAAAAAUCUGCUGAUGCUUGGUUAUAGAAUCA